GCGAUCCCCGCGGGCUGCUGUCUGGAGGAGCAGGUCUCUGCCAAGAUAAGGGACAGAUAGGAGAGAAGGUGGGCAGGAGCCUUCUGGGCUUGAUCGCCUAGAGCCCUCCCAUUCCGGGAGCUGAAGCAGGAAGAAGGUGGGGCCUGCAUUCACAUGGCCCGGGAGGUCACUCGCACUUCUGGGGUCUCCCAAAGCUAGGGACUUGUACACAAGAAAUGCAGCCCCAGCGCCUGGGGCCCAGAGCUGAGAUGGGACCAAUCUGCCUGGGAUGCAGCCAUCGCAGACCCUAUCCACCGAUCAGAAACCCGAUAAAGUUAUAUAAGGAAACAUUCUACUUCCACUUUAAGAACCUCCCGUAUGCCAAAGGCCGGAAGAAUACCUUCUUGUGCUUUGAAGUGAAUGGAAAGGGCUGCGAUUUACCUGUCUCCCUUCGCCAAGGGGUCUUUAAGAAAGAGGGCCGCAUCCAUGCUGAACUGUGCUUCUUAUACUGGCUCCAUGACCGAAUACUGAAAGUGCUGUCCCCAGGGGAGCUCAAGGUCACCUGGUACAUGUCCUGGAGCCCCUGCAACAGAUGUGCUGAGCAGGUGGCCGGUUUCCUGGCCACACACCACAACCUGAGCCUGGCCAUCUUCAGCUCCCGCUUUUACUACAAGGGAGACCCGAGCCACCAGCAGAUGCUUUGCAGGCUAGUUCAGGAAGGAGCCCGGAUGGCCGCCAUGGACCUACCAGAAUUUAAAAAGUGUUGGGACAAGUUUGCAUACAAUGACGGCCAGCCAUUCACGCCUUGGGAGAGGCUAUAUAAAAAUUUUAGAUUCCAGGAUUCCAAGCUUCAGGAGAUUCUCAGGCCUUGCUGCAUCCUGGGCCCUUCCAGUUACCCACCCACCCCGUCAGACGUCUGUCUGAUAACAUGUCUCCCAGAGACGAGGUUCUCGGUGGAGUGCAGCCAAAUGGGUUGGCUAGGAGAAGAGGUGUUUUACUUGCAGUUUAACAACAGCCACCGGGUCCAGCCAGUCCAGCCCUACCUGUGCUACCAGCUGGAGCCAUCCAAUGGCCAAGAGCCACACAAAGGCUGCCUGCUAAACAAGAAAGGUAAGCAGCAUGCAGAAAUCCUCUUCCUUGAUAAGAUGCGGUCCAUGGAGCUGAGCCAAGCGACAAUCACCUGCUACCUCACCUGGAGCCCCUGCCCGAACUGUGCCUGGCAACUGGCUGCAUUCAAAAAGGAUCACCCAGACAUAAUUCUGCGGAUCUAUGCCUCCCGCCUGUAUUUCUACUGGAGGACGGCGUUCCAGAAGGGGCUGUGUUCUCUGUGGCAAUCAGGGAUCCAGGUGGACGUCAUGGACCUCCCACAGUUUACUGACUGCUGGAGAAACUUUGUGAACCCGCGAAGGCCGUUUAGGCCAUGGAAUGGACUGGAGAAAAACAGCUGGCGCUUACAGAGGCGGCUCCGCAGGAUCAAGGAGUCCUGGGGCCUGCAAGAUUUGGUGAAUAACUGAAAAUCUACAGCUUGGACCCCCGUUGCCUUGACCAGCAAGAAGAGAUUCAAGUCUAGGAGACCUUUAGAAAGCAAUACUAGACCAAGCUGGCCUUAAACUUUUAUUUUCUUUUUUUGGUUUUUUUUGGAUUUUUUUUUUUUU